AGGGAGCAUUAUGUCGAUCUAGCCAGUAUACGAAAUCAGGCAGAAAAUGACAUCAUUGAAAACAUGUCAGCUGGCAGCUUUUUGUGGAUCGGUCUGCACCGGGAAAAGCUGUGGUCUGACGGGAGCUCCUCUCUGUUUCGACACUGGGCCAACGGACAGCCAGACUUUAGCGCAGGGGAAUGUGUAACUACAGCGUUCAACGACUCAGGGCGGUGGUCAGAUGAUAACUGUUUCCUCAGUUUCCCAUUCAUCUGUUACGAAACAACUCCUCUAAAUGCAGAAAGCUUCAGAUCAACAGGACAAGAUGAGACCAGUAUCACUCUGCAGUGGAAUAAAGUCAACAACAAUGUCAGCUUUAUUCUCCAGUUUAAUGGUACACAGAUAAACAUCCCUGCACCAGAUGGAGAUGGACCAGUAACUCACACAGUCUCAUCUCUCACUGCUGGAACUAAAUACACAUUCACUCUCUUCUCUGUGUUUGACAACGUCAGAAGCAGUGGACUAAACAUUACUGCAGUCACUGCUCCUCCAAAUGCAGAAAGCUUCAGAUCAACAGGACAAGAUGAGACCAGUAUCACUCUGCAGUGGAAUAAAGUCAACAACAAUGUCAGCUUUAUUCUCCAGUUUAAUGGUACACAGAUAAACAUCAGUGCACCAGAUGGAGAUGGACCAGUAACUCACACAGUCUCAUCUCUCACUGCUGGAAUUAAAUACACAUUCACUCUCUUCUCUGUGUUUGAGAACAUCAGAAGCAGUGGACUAAACAUUACUGCAGUCACUGCUCCUCUAAAUGCAGAAAGCUUCAGAUCAACAGGACAAGAUGAGACCAGUAUCACUCUGCAAUGGAAUAAAGUCAACAACAAUGUCAGCUUUAUUCUCCAGUUUAAUGGCACACAGAUAAACAUCCCUGCACCAGAUGGAGAUGGACCAGUAACUCACACAGUCUCAUCUCUCACUGCUGGAACUACAUAUACAUUCACUCUCUUCUCUGUGUUUGAGAACGUCAGAAGCAGUGGACUAAACAUUACUGCAGUCACUGCUCCUCCAAAUGCAGAAAGCUUCAGAUCAACAGGACAAAAUGAGACCAGUAUCACUCUGCAGUGGAAUAAAGUCAACAACAAUGUCAGCUUUAUUCUCCAGUUUAAUGGUACACAGAUAAACAUCCCUGCACCAGAUGGAGAUGGACCAGUAACUCACACAGUCUCAUCUCUCACUGCUGGAACUAAAUACACAUUCACUCUCUUCUCUGUGUUUGAGAACAUCAGAAGCAGUGGACUAAACAUUACUGCAGUCACUGCUCCUGAAAAUCUAGAAAGCUUCAGAUCAACAGGACAAGAUGAGACCAGUAUCACUCUGCAGUGGAAUAAAGUCAACAACAAUGUCAGCUUUAUUCUCCAGUUUAAUGGUACACAGAUAAACAUCCCUGCACCAGAUGGAGAUGGACCAGUAACUCACACAGUCUCAUCUCUCACUGCUGGAACUAAAUACACAUUCACUCUCUUCUCUGUGUUUGACAACGUCAGAAGCAGUGGACUAAAUAUUACUGCAGUCACUGCUCCUCUAAAUGCAGGAAACUUCAGAUCAACAGGACAAGAUGAGACCAGUAUCACUCUGCAAUGGAAUAAAGUCAACAACAAUGUCAGCUUUAUUCUCCAGUUUAAUGGUACACAGAUAAACAUCCCUGCACCAGAUGGAGAUGGACCAGUAACUCACACAGUCUCAUCUCUCACUGCUGGAACUAAAUACACAUUCACUCUCUUCUCUGUGUUUGAGAACAUCAGAAGCAGUGGACUAAACAUCACUGCAGUCACUGCUCCUCUAAAUGCAGAAAGCUUCAGAUCAACAGGACAAGAUGAGACCAGUAUCACUCUGCAGUGGAAUAAAGUCAACAACAAUGUCAGCUUUAUUCUCCAGUUUAAUGGCACACAGAUAAACAUCCCUGCACCAGAUGGAGAUGGACCAGUAACUCACACAGUCUCAUCUCUCACUGCUGGAACUAAAUACACAUUCACUCUCUUCUCUGUGUUUGACAACGUCAGAAGCAGUGGACUAAACAUUACUGCAGUCACUGCUCCUCCAAAUGCAGAAAGCUUCAGAUCAACAGGACAAGAUGAGACCAGUAUCACUCUGCAGUGGAAUAAAGUCAACAACAAUGUCAGCUUUAUUCUCCAGUUUAAUGGUACACAGAUAAACAUCCCUGCACCAGAUGGAGAUGGGCCAGUAACUCACACAGUCUCAUCUCUCACUGCUGGAACUAAAUACACAUUCACUCUCUUCUCUAUGUUUGACAACGUCAGAAGCAGUGGACUGAACAUUACUGCAGUCACUGCUCCUGCAAACCUAGAAAGCUUCAGAUCAACAGGACAAGAUGAGACCAGUAUCACUCUGCAGUGGAAUAAAGUCAACAACAAUGUCAGCUUUAUUCUCCAGUUUAAUGGUACACAGAUAAACAUCCCUGCACCAGAUGGAGAUGGACCAGUAACUCACACAGUCUCAUCUCUCACUGCUGGAACUAAAUACACAUUCACUCUCUUCUCUGUGUUUGACAACGUCAGAAGCAGUGGACUAAAUAUUACUGCAGUCACUGCUCCUCUAAAUGCAGGAAACUUCAGAUCAACAGGACAAGAUGAGACCAGUAUCACUCUGCAGUGGAAUAAAGUCAACAACAAUGUCAGCUUUAUUCUCCAGUUUAAUGGUACACAGAUAAACAUCCCUGCACCAGAUGGAGAUGGACCAGUAACUCACACAGUCUCAUCUCUCACUGCUGGAACUAAAUACACAUUCACUCUCUUCUCUGUGUUUGACAACGUCAGAAGCAGUGGACUAAAUAUUACUGCAGUCACUGCUCCUCUAAAUGCAGGAAACUUCAGAUCAACAGGACAAGAUGAGACCAGUAUCACUCUGCAGUGGAAUAAAGUCAACAACAAUGUCAGCUUUAUUCUCCAGUUUAAUGGCACACAGAUAAACAUCAGUGCACCAGAUGGAGAUGGACCAGUAACUCACACAGUCUCAUCUCUCACUGCUGGAACUAAAUACACAUUCACUCUCUUCUCUAUGUUUGAGAAUGUCAGAAGCAGUGGACUAAACAUCACUGCAGUCACUGCUCCUCUAAAUGCAGAAAGCUUCAGAUCAACAGGACAAGAUGAGACCAGUAUCACUCUGCAGUGGAAUAAAGUCAACAACAAUGUCAGCUUUAUUCUCCAGUUUAAUGGCACACAGAUAAACAUCCCUGCACCAGAUGGAGAUGGACCAGUAACUCACACAGUCUCAUCUCUCACUGCUGGAACUAAAUACACAUUCACUCUCUUCUCUGUGUUUGACAACGUCAGAAGCAGUGGACUAAAUAUUACUGCAGUCACUGCUCCUCCAAAUGCAGAAAGCUUCAGAUUAACAGGACAAGAUGAGACCAGUAUCACUCUGCAGUGGAAUCAAGUCAACAACAAUGUCAGCUUUAUUCUCCAGUUUAAUGGUACACAGAUAAACAUCCCUGCACCAGAUGGAGAUGGACCAGUAACUCACACAGUCUCAUCUCUCACUGCUGGAACUAAAUACACAUUCACUCUCUUCUCUGUGUUUGAGAACAUCAGAAGCAGUGGACUGAACAUCACUGCAGUCACAGCCCCUUCAAAUCCAGAAAGCUUCAGAUCAACAGGACAAGAUGAGACCAGUAUCACUCUGCAGUGGAAUAAAGUCAACAACAAUGUCAGCUUUAUUCUCCAGUUUAAUGGUACACAGAUAAACAUCCCUGCACCAGAUGGAGAUGGACCAGUAACUCACACAGUCUCAUCUCUCACUGCUGGAACUACAUAUACAUUCACUCUCUUCUCUGUGUUUGAGAACGUCAGAAGCAGUGGACUAAACAUCACUGUAGUCACAGCUCCUCUAAAUGCAGAAAGCUUCAGAUCAACAGGACAAGAUGAGACCAGUAUCACUCUGCAGUGGAAUAAAGUCAACAACAAUGUCAGCUUUAUUCUCCAGUUUAAUGGUACACAGAUAAACAUCCCUGCACCAGAUGGAGAUGGACCAGUAACUCACACAGUCUCAUCUCUCACUGCUGGAACUAAAUACACAUUCACUCUCUUCUCUGUGUUUGACAACGUCAGAAGCAGUGGACUAAACAUUACUGCAGUCACUGCUCCUCUAAAUGCAGGAAACUUCAGAUCAACAGGACAAGAUGAGACCAGUAUCACUCUGCAGUGGAAUAAAGUCAACAACAAUGUCAGCUUUAUUCUCCAGUUUAAUGGCACACAGAUAAACAUCAGUGCACCAGAUGGAGAUGGACCAGUAACUCACACAGUCUCAUCUCUCACUGCUGGAACUAAAUACACAUUCACUCUCUUCUCUGUGUUUGAGAACAUCAGAAGCAGUGGACUAAACAUUACUGCAGUCACUGCUCCUCUAAAUGCAGAAAGCUUCAGAUCAACAGGACAAGAUGAGACCAGUAUCACUCUGCAGUGGAAUAAAGUCAACAACAAUGUCAGCUUUAUUCUCCAGUUUAAUGGCACACAGAUAAACAUCAGUGCACCAGAUGGAGAUGGACCAGUAACUCACACAGUCUCAUCUCUCACUGCUGGAACUAAAUACACAUUCACUCUCUUCUCUGUGUUUGAGAACAUCAGAAGCAGUGGACUAAACAUUACUGCAGUCACUGGUAAGAUAUGUCACUACAUCAAUUUGUUUUUAACCCGGCAUAACACUGUUGUCCUCUUUUAUACCUGCCAAUAUACUAUAUGAUGACAAAUACAUUUGAAUUUCUAGUGUAUUGCAGAAGUAGUUUUAUGGCUAACUUUUGGUUAACAUGCUUAAUGUUCAAUGACAUUUGAAAGGACACUGUAAGUAUAAUUUACCUUUCCUUGUCAUUAAUAUGUCUUCUUUUUGUAUGGAGUAAAGAGUGCUGAGUAAGUUUUAAUUACAUUUUAGAGGAAUUUACAUAUCAGAUUUUGAAGUUAUCAACAUUAAUUCA